UUUAUUGUUUGUUUGGAUAAAUCCGGAGAAAAAAGUUAUAGAAGAUGCCAGAAUUGCUUCCAACUCUUUUAUAUUGUUUUGUAUUUGGUGUUUAUUAUUUUCAAUGGCCAUUUUCUUCGCUUAGUUUGGUUUGGAAAACACUUCUACACAUUUUAACAAUUUUGCUUGGCUCAUUUAUGUUUUUUCGCAAUUUACGGGCAAACCCAAAAAAUGUCUCAACUUUUUUUGAAGGAUUUUGUUUUGGUGGUCAUAGAGGCAGCCCUUUAAAUGCCCCAGAAAAUACUCUCGCUUCUUUCGAACAGGCAAAAAAGGAAGGCGUUGAUUUAAUUGAAUUCGAUAUCGGCUUUACCAAAGAUUUUGUCCCUGUUUUAAUGCACGAUGAUGAUCUCGAUAGAACCACAAAUAUGAAUGGGCCAUUAAAUAAAUAUAAUUUUGUUGAAUUGGAAAAGUGCAAUUGUGCUGCUAAGUUUAGUUCUUUGGGCAACCAAGAUUUUACUUCCAAUUUUGAGCCUAUCUGUACUUUAGAGAAAUUAAUUGAAUGGUCAAUUAAAAAUAAUGUUAAGAUGCUUUUCGAUGUAAAGGAUACAGAAAUUAAGUUAGUGAAGCUUAUUGCCCUCCUCUUUGAACGCUACAAUCUUUACAACAAAGCAAUUGUCUGUUCAUUCUUCCCGACUGUCGUCUAUCGCAUUAAAAAGGAAAAUCCAAAUAUUCUAACUGGGAUUACUUGGCGUCGUUGGUUCAUUACCUAUGAUGAUAUUGAAUUUACUGUGCCUCGUUCAUCUUCUAAAUUAAUAUUUUUUAUUUCGAUGAUUUUGGAUGUUAUUUGGAUUUGGUGUGUUAAACUAUGGAUUCCGGAAUUUCUCGGCGUUGAUAUGGUGCUUACUGAACGACGAGAAAUUUCACCUUUUUAUUUGAAAAACAUGGCAGCUCGUGGAUUUAAGGUCUGUGCUUGGACUGUCAAUGAACGUAAUGAAAUGGCUUGGAUGUCUCGUGAACUUAAAAUUCCUUUUCUCACCGAUGCCCCUUAUAUUGCUAGUCAUGUGCUUAAGAAUGUUAAUGCUGAGAAAAAUUAA